AUGGAGGAGGAUAACAGUGUUUUUUUUUGUUGUUCAGAGAGGGCACUGCAGGAUCAAAAGGCCCAGACGUCUCAAGCAUUGUGGAGUGCUGCAGAGGCUUUGUAUGACAGUCUCAAACAUGGAGCAGGAGAUGUUACACCUCUCAAGGAUAACAUCCAGGCUAUUGUCAAUGCUUCAGCCAAGGGAGAUGACUUGGUAGAGACGGUGUUGGCAACAAUCCCCUCCGUAGCUGUAAAGAGAGGAGUCUAUUCUGAGGAUUCUCUUAGGGAGCGCUUCUUAAAGGUGGAGCAGUGUGCCUGGAGAGUAGCAGGUGUGCCCGAGGGAGGUGCCUCUCUACCCAAGUUGUUGGUGGCUUGGCUGCAGAGCAUGCUGGUCAUCAGAGCUUCAGAACCCAUCCCUUCCAGCGAACUCAACAAUGAACCCUUUGAUCCAUCGUCACUCAACAACUACGACAUCUUGCAACGAGCUCGGUAUUACGUAGAUCGAGGAGAUUUCGACCAAGCUCUGAAGUACAUGAAUCUACUGAAAGGUGGAGCCAAGGCUGUGUCAUCAGAUUGGAUGAAGGAAACCACAGUGCUGCUAGAGACACAACAGGCAGCUCAUCUGUUGUUGGCUCACGCCUCAGCAUCAGGGAUGAUCUACUCAUGAACACCAUCCACCUAAGACCAUGUAAAAACUAAUUUCUUGUAAAUUAUUAACAUUACUUGAAUUUGAUUAUUUUCAAAAUUAUUAUUCUGUAUUUUUCAUUCCUGAAAUAAACUUUUGUCGUUGUCGUUAUAUUUA